CACGAGGACGAAGGCCAGCUGCUCUGGUGUACAUACGUAGUAGUAGUACCCACUCAUGAGCGAGGAGCACCCCCUCGUGUUGGAACUGACCAGUCUCCGUCAGACAGCAGCUCGGUUCCAGCACGAGGCCCAUGCCGCUGCUAUCCGAUUACAACGACAAACACUUGAAACCACCCACGCUCGAGAAUAUGCCUCCGCCCUCGAGCAAGAGAACGAAAAAUUACGACAGGAAGCUGCGUUUCUCCGCGCUAAUUCACAACAGGUGACAUCCCAUCCCGCGGAGAGACAUGUCCAAGAGCUCACGCUCGCUCUCCGACGCGUCUCGGAGAAAAUGGAUUUGAUGGACAACACGCUCGUAGAACGGACAACUGAACUUACACAUGCACGUAGUGAUCUAACGAAAGCGAGACAAGUGGCUGAGGCAGCACACGAGCUCGCGUCUCGUAUACACGCCCAACAAGAAGAGGGAAAGGCUCGAGAGAGGACACUAGAGAUGAAAGCACGUGCAUCAGAGGAAGAGCGUAAAAUGGUCGACCUUGUCGUGCAGGAAUACGCUGACCUCGUUCGUUCCCUCGAGGGUAGGAGGCACGCCAACCAGGCCCAUCUCAACGGAACACCGUCCACAGACGGCCUUCACGGCAAGAAAGUUGCCUUACAGCAACUUAUGGCAGAGUUUACCCAGGAGACUGAUACCCUGCAAAACACAAUCACGGAAUUACGCAGACAUACCUGUUUCCUGGAGACAGAACUCGAUGCCGAGCGCCAGACUACAAUGCACGACCGCCAUCUCCUUGCACAAGCACAAGUGGAACUCGACAAACUCAAGCUCGACGACCAGACUGCAGCUAAAAUGGUCACUCGCUACAUGAAAUUCUCCCAAUCCUCUACAAAUGCUCUGCAAAGCCAAAUCACUGUCCUCAAAGCUCGUCAUGCUGCCACAAUCUCCACCCUUGAAUUCCAACUUUCUCAAGCCGAGUUGUUGCUUGCAUCCGAACGAAGACAUCGGACACGUCUUCAAGAUGCUCUUGACGAACUUUGCGAAGAUUUUGCGCGUGAAUCGUAUGGUCGACGGCGCGAAAUUGCACUGAGAUUGGCAAUGAUGGCGAGGGAAGAGACCUUCGCUGAGUCGCUCAGACGCUGGGUUAGACGAGCGAGAGAAUCGUACGAAUGGUACUUUCACCGCCCCGACCUGCAAAAUUCCGAACCAGAUACUCUCAACGUAAACCCACAGGCAGUUGUGCACGACACCGAUGUUCAGCAAGCUUUCCACCGCACGGUCAGCGACGCGGAAUCCCUCUUAUCUUCUCUAGACGACCAACUAGAGUUCUCGGAUGGCAGCGCCUUAUCUGGGGCACUAGCACAUAUCAUAACAGCAAAAGAAGCGGUAGAGGCUCUCAGAGGCGAACUUCAAGACGAAGUGAACAGAAGAAUCGAAGCCUUGCGAACGCUCGGUUCUGGUACAGGAGAGGAAGAGAUUAGUAAUCAUUCAUGGGUCAAGCUAUCGAAUACUCCGCCACUGGGUGACAACGAGGUGCGCGAAGCAGGGGUUGAGGGGGAAGGCUCUUCGUUACAGGAUAGCCCAGUACCUGUAGUACGCACCUCGAAGGAGAUUGCGAACGAUGAUCCGUUCAAGGUGGCAUCGGACGAUACCCCUCUAAGUAUACCCGAUGCUCUCAAGCUGGCGGAAUCUAUCGCACAGGAUGACCAAUGUCUGGUGUCCUCAUCUUUGUUCGCCGCAGAUCAGCUGCCCUCUCCGAAGCAGGCGAAAUCACCAACCGUAUCUGUGCUCGAGCUCCAGCCCGUGUCGCGUACCUUGCCCGCCAACGGCCGCAAUGCCUUACGUACAACGCCCCUAUCAACGGAAUGCGUAGACGUCCCUUUGACGCCUACAUCGGCUUCAAACAAACCGACUGAAGACCCUCUAACUGCCAGUUCUCAACAUGAGGACCCCACACCACUGGAAAACCCUCUCCAAGUACCCCGAACUCUCGAAUCCCCAAUCGACACAUCCCCGCCUCCGUCAGACGCUAUCACCUCCCUCCUUCGCUCCUUAGACGAAGCGAAACAUAGAUAUGAUACCCUCCAGCACGCCUUUCGUGACUGUUCUUUGGCUCUCAAAGAUCUCAAACGCACACUCACCUCCUCUUCACCUUCCUCCUCUUCACCAUCCCGACAAACCCAUGGACGUCUACUCACCGCACUCGCCCGCAUAGAUGACUACACGGAAGACGCACGUGUCGAAUUAGAAAUCCAAAUCGCUGAUGAACAGCUUAUUGCAAAAGGUUUCGAGACGGUGUUAUCCAUCUCAGGCGCAUUGACGGACCUCGACGAACGUGGUGAGAUGGAGACGAAUGCAAGGAGGUUCGUGGAUGGGACGGACCAUGCAGUUCGGAAAGCAGUGGAGAGGUUCGGAAGGAAGUUGGAGGAUGUACAACAUGAUAUCGCGAUUCUUAAACGUGCCGUGCACGACGUUCCAUCUUUUACAGAUACCCACGAGUCUACACAUGGAGCUGAAGAUAAUGCCAAAGGGGGAUGGGGUUCUUGGACCGCUAGUUUACUAGGUGCAUCUCCAAGUCCGUCCAGUUCAAACCAGCACGCUCCGACGUUUGGAUCUGUCAUGACCUCCCCUCGUCUACGACAUGCCAGUUCGUUAAAACAGCUGCGCGAGACGCUAUCAGAGACGAAAGAUUUUCUUUUGCCGGGAUUGGACUUCAGAAUCCCGAUGCCACGUCCAAACCAUCCUAUACCUAUGGCUACCCAUAUGCCGAAUUAUGACGGACUCGGUUUAGGCGGUCCCCCACCUUCGGGCAUUGUGCGUCCUCGUACGAUGUCAUCGAUAUAUGGGCUCGGACUCGGUGCGAGGUCGUCGUCGGCCUCGGUCACUACGAGCGUCGGCGUCAGGAUAAGUGGGAUAGGGGUGUCGCCCCCUGCGUCCAAAAGUAAGAAAACUACUCCAACGAUGACUCGUUUUGCGUCGUCGUCCCCACUUUCUGCUCGCACAGCGUCUGCAGUGAUGCAAACAGGUCCGAUGUUGAAUCUGAGAGAUGUAAGGGGGGACAGAGGAAGAGAUGGAGAUCUCGGAAGUGAGGGUGGGGGAGGGUCCCCUGUGGAAGGUGACGUACUGAAUGAUCAGAACGAUGUAGAGUGAAAUUCUGUAGGGCAUCUUGUCUGGACGUCCUAGUCCCUUAUUAGUCACUGUUAGCUACUACAUAUGUUAGACAGCAUACCGGA